AUUUACUAACCAGAAAUUUAUGUUUAAUUAUAUUACAGGCUGUUCUAAAUUGUGUCCUUUUGUUGGUUUAUCUCGUGUCUUCGUUUGUGUUAUCUUAGUUGGCUCCAAAAAAUCUUUUCAAAAUUUCUGGGAUGACGAUUAUGAAACCAUCGGCCUCUUUGGAUACUUGGAGGGACUAUUUUCAUCGAGGAGAUUCUGAUAUCUUUGGGAUCAUCGAGCAUGCCAUUAUGGUCGCUGCCACUGAUUCCCCAGUGGAGCUCAAAUCCAGGAGAGACGCAAUCAUCGAGCUUCUCAUGAGAUAUGACCAGCCCGAUCUGUCUAAAGCUGGUGACAAAGAGACCAACAAUAGCCGUAAGACCGUGGAGGCAGAUGAUGGUGGUCAUGAAGAAGAUGAGGCGAAAUUGAACGUUAAUCAAAUUGUUGAUGAGGUCAUGAGGAUCAAAGAUAUCUUGUUAAACAAACAUGUUGAGCUAUCUGUGUUAUUCAAAUCCCUGACAAAGCUUGCCUCCAUGUCUAUCAGUCUGGAUCUUAUUAAGGGUAGUGAAAUCGGAAAGGCUGUUAAUCGCUUGAGGAAACAUGGUUCCGAUAAUAUUAGCAAACUUGCAAAGACUCUUAUUAAAAAGUGGACAGAGAUGGUGGACCAAUUGAUAAACACACCUAAGGAAGUUGCUGCUGCCGAUGAUGGGAUGCCAGAGUCUGCAACUUUGUCAAUAGUUGAUGAAGCAGAAAACUUUCCUUCUCUUCCGCAUGACCUAGAUCUUUAUGCGGAACCUACUGUAUUAGAACUCUCUCAGUUCUUAGAUUCCUUGGACUGUGAUGGAAGUGAGUUAAUAGUAUACUCUUUAGUAUUUUAUUCUCUACUUGAAACUCUUCCUAUAUAUGUUUACACUCAUGGGAUGGUUUCAGAUCUUCCUGACUUUGUGGAGCCCAAACAUGAAAGAAAAGUGCAAAGUAGAAUGAUUAGGAGACCUGUUGGUACAUGUGAAGCCAAUGUGGUUGGGAGGGACACAAAUAAUCAACAGAUGAGGAGAAAAGAAGCUGAUGUUAGACCUAUGAGGCACUCAGCACCCGUUCUUGACGAGACUAGAAGACAACCAAAGCAAACCAGAGAACAAAUGGUACGUACCAACCAAAGAAAGCCGAAUGAUGUUGCUGAGCAGAAGCGGAAACUUGCUGGAUCUCAACAAGAUAAACUCAAAGUUCUUGAUCAAGAGGCAAAGUUUGAGAAUGCAAAGCGGAAACUCCAAGAGAGCUACCAACAACAUGAGAAGGCCAAGAGACAGAGGAAGAUACAAGUACUGGAAACUAUCCCAAAUCAAAGCAAAGCGCAGAGACCUCUACUCAAGAGACCCGUGCGAAGAUAGUUACAUUUUUCUUUGGGAGCAUGAAUUUAUUCUAUACAGUUACUAUGAUGACCAUUCGCAGCUUAUGAUCGAAGUUAACAUAUUAUUCAUCAUGAUUUCUGAUGAUAAUUUGUGUAACUCUAAUGUAGAAAACUUCAAUGAUUUGCUAGUUGUCUUGUAAACAAAGAACGGGGAAGAUCUUCAUCAGUCCCUAGUCAGGGCCUGUCUUAAGAUUUGAAGAACUAUAGACAAUUUAUUUUAACAAUUUUGAGGGAUUAUGUUUAAGUAGAUGACCUCUUACAAUUUUGGGGUUUUAUAUAAUGUUUUACCUGUCUAUGGCUCAUGAUAAACUGAAUGAUAUUAAACUGAGUUCGGUUUAUUAUUGAUCUCGGUUUACACGAACCAAAUCCAACAAAAACGGUCGAUGACAAAUGUUGACCCCGGUGGUAACCGGUUUAAAAACGGUUUGGUAAUCCGGUUUAAAUGCGGUUGCGAUUUAUUUAUAUCGUAUCAUGAAUUGUUGGGAUUGUGUGAAGAAGUGGAAAAAUGGGGAAGCAGCCGGUGAACCUAAACAUAUUGCCAAUUACAAAACAAACUUCAAUAUUUAAUUGACAGAUCUUCUAUUUUAUAUAUAUAACAACAUGCAGUGCCGUGCGAAGAGUUUUAGGGGCCUAAGUCAAGUUUUAAAAAUAAAUUUAUUUACAACCGUAAUAAAAAUAAUUUUCUAAUAUGAUAUAUUAUUUUCACCAAAUACACAAGUCUAAUACUGUAAAAGAAUAAGUUUAUAACGUAAAUAUGUUAUAUUAUGUUAUAUAAAAAAAAAUACAUGAAUUCAAAAAAUGAAUUAAUUAAUUUUCGUAAAAAUAUAUUUUUUAAAAUAAGUCUAAACCACUAUAUUAGAAAUUAUUUUCAAUUUUAGGACCCUAAAAACAGUCAUAUUAAUCGGGGGCCUGAGGCGAAUGCCUUUUUCAAUACACUGUAGGCACGCUAACAUGUUAGGUUAAAUAUUUUCUAAAAUGCUUGUAACCUAAAACUUGUCAAGGCCGACUCUGAUUUUUACCUUUGUCGUUGUUUUUCUUUUAAUACUUAGCUACACUGUAGUUUCUGUCCAUGCUUCAAUAUGAACUUGGUCCAAAAAAACAGUACAUUUUUCUGAUAGCGGUAUUUACGUUUGGUUCACGAUGAUGUUAUAUAGAUUACAAUUGCCAAAUUUCCAAAGUCAUGAAUAGGUUUUGAGUAGUCCACGUAAACUAAGGAUAUGUACGAGUUAAUUUAUAGCUAAACUAGUCUCAAAUAAAUGGUAAAAGCAAGAAGUUAACCUGUCAUUGAACUCAGAACGUGGAGUCGUUUAUAUGGACUUAAAUACCAUUACUUUAUUUUUAUGGCUCUAAUACUAUUAAGAAAAAAAAAUACGCAAGAGAACUAAGCAGGAAGAGGGGAGUAAGAGAUACCUUACCGCCACUGCAUAGAAUCUCGUUGCACUCACCGCGCCGUCCGUCAGGAACCGAGACAAUGCUGGUGACUUUCCCCCAGGUGGCCAGAGAAGAUUGAGUGGUAUGGAGAGGCCAAAGAGCGAGAGUAGGGUCAUUAUAUACCAUAUUCCUCUGUAUACAAUCACUUCUGUUCUACUCAUUUCAAUCGUCUCCAUUGUAUGAUAUAUAUGUUCUCUACUCUCUUACACCCUAGCCUUGCUAUCAGUGCCGUCCCAUAAUUUGGAGUGGCCUGAAGCACAAAAAAAAAUUGGGUGGCCUAUUAUAUAAAUACCAACAAUAUAUAGUAAUACACUAACACCAAAUCAGUACAAAAGUGUAAAAAGUAAACAAAUGGUUAAAAUAAAAACUAUAUUGGACAAAAGGAGGAUCGAACUAUGGUAUCCUAACUCAAUUCAAACUUGUUAACGAUUUGACCUAGCUAAUAUUUGGUGAUGUGUGACCUUAUAUAUUGUGGCCUAAAGCAUAUGCUUUACUUGCCUUAUGGCAGGGACGUGCCUGCUUGCUAUAUAUAUAUAUAUAUAUAUAUAGUAAUCAGUAAGUAAUAGGCAGGGACUGAACUAGGGCUAUUGAGGGGUUUAAAUUAUGCAGUACUAAGAGAUCUUUACAAUCACAACUGACAAAUAACUUUUAAAUAUCUAAAUAAAUAGACGGUGUUUAAAAACUAAAUCGUUGAAACUUUAUGGUGAUUUUUUUGUUCCUCGCAAUUUAUACCAGUUAUGUUGAAAUUUUAGUCAAAUUAUUGAUAGGUAUAUUUCAUUUUUUUCCUCUAAAUUCUUUAUGGAGGAAUGAAUUCAUAAAAAAAAAUUUUUCCUCUGCAAUUUUAAUGAGAAACAAAAUGAACAAAAGUUUAUAUUUUUUUAUUUUUUUUCAAUUCUUAAAAUGAAAUGAAAAUUUUCAGUUUAUUCAUUUUUUUUUCAUUCUUCUAGUGGUCACCAAUUGAAGCCUUAAUAAAAAAAAUUCUUGGGAGAAUUAGGAUUUCCAAGAAGAUCUUCUAUCCAUGAUCACAAAAUUAACCAAAACAAAUAACAAAUUUAUUUACUAAAGUCACUAUAAUGUUAAGGAAAAAAUGGAAAAUAUCAUUUAAGAAAGUUGUAGUAGUGGACAUUGAGUACUCUGUAGUUCUAGUAUCUCCAUAAAUAAUUAAACAUCUUAUGAUUGUCGUUGAAUUAGGAUUCUUGAUGUUUUUUUUUUUCAGAUUAUGCAGUGCUAAAUAAGAGAAUGACAAUCACGGCUAACCAAAAAAAAUGAAUAUACUUAUAUACGUUUGUAAAUACUAACAAAUUAAGUUAGAGUGUAUGCGGAUCAUCCUCAGAUCCUUUAUCUCCAUAAA